AGAAUGCUAGAAAAUAAAGCUUUCCGAAACACCUUUUGUUGGGGUCCCAACGGCAAGACAUUUAUUGUCAAGGAUACAAACGAAUUCUCAAAGACAAUUCUCCCAAAACAUUUUAAGCAUUGUAAUUUCGCUAGUUUUGUUCGUCAACUAAAUAAAUACGACUUUCACAAGGUCCGUAAUGCCGAGGAUGCCCCAAAAUCCUAUGGAGACCAGGCAAGUAAAGCGUGGGAGUUUGUCCACCCAAAGUUCAUUAGAGACCGUAAAGAUCUAUUGGAGGAAAUUCGACGAAAG